CCUGUCUACAGUAUCAACAACAAAUCAAAUCAUCCAUCUCAAAUCUAACGAAAUUAACAAUCUUCUGCAUCUUCAUCCUCUUUCUACCAAAAACCACUCUUCAAUAAAUACAACAACCAUCAUGUCUGACAACACGGGUUCUUCUACUCUCAAGUCCUACGUCGACUCUGCCACUGGCAUGGUCCAGAGCGCUGUCGGUGCCGUAACUGGCAACACUGCUACUCAGGCCGAAGGCGAAUCCACCCAGCGGAAUGCCGAGGACGAACACGACGCCAGUCACACCACCGCCAAGAUGGGCCCCAUCUCUGCUGACCCCAAUACCGGUGCAGUAGCUAAGGACCGUGAGCAGCGCGCCACCGGCUCCUGGGACCAGACCGUCGGCUCUGCGAAGGAGUCCCUGGGCAACCUGAUUGGUAACGAGAACUUGCGCAAGGCGGGAGAGGACCAGAACCUUCGUGGAAAGGGUGCCGAGGCUGAAGGACAGCUGAAGGAUUUCGGCGAGGGUGCUGCAGAUCGUCUACAGGGUGGGCUUGGAAAGGUUGCUGCUGCUGCUACGGGCGAUCGGAGCGAGGAGGCUAAGUGGACUCAGGUUCAUGAUGAGGGGAAGGUCAAGCAGAGGGGUGCGGAGCUGGAUAUGCAGAAGCAUGCUUGAGUUGGGAUACUCAAGGGUUUUGUUGUAAUACCGAUAUGAUUGAUGAUAUCGUGGCCUAUGGAGUUUCGACGGUUCGGAUGUACAUUUAUGCUGAUUGAACUGUAUUAUACCUAGCGGAAUUGAUAACCUUCUUUCCAG